AUGGAUAGAAUGGAUAACCGUGAUGCAUUGGAGUAUGCUGCCAAAUUACUAUUAGAAGAUAUAAAGGUUAAUGUAUUACUUGACUUCCACAAUGUUGUUAAAGAAGUAAAAAAUUAUUGUAUGGACUUGCUAGACUGCUUUGAUAGAGAACAUAGAUUUAAUGAUGAAGAUUUAAGAUAUGCUGAUCUUUGUGCUAAAGAAACUGAAAUUAUUGAAGAUAUGGAAUUGGUUCUUAAGAAAGUAGUUGAAGAAUAUAAAGAAACAAUGAAAGCGAUUAAAAAACUGCUUUUAAGAGGAAUUGAAAAUGCUAAAGUUAAAAAAGAAAGUAAGUAA